CUGCACUACAGCAUGCUCAUGGGCAGCAGAGCUUGUGUCAGAAUGGCAGCAGCUGCCUGGGGCACUGGUUUUCUCAAUGCUCUCCUGCACACUGCGAACACAUUUUCAAUACCACUCUGCCAAGGCAACACAGUGGACCAGUUCUUCUGUGAAGUGCCCCAGAUCCUCAAGCUCUCCUGCUCAGACUCCUACCUCAGGGAAGUGGGGCUUCUUGUGUUUAGUGUCUUUUUAGUCUUUGGGUGUUUCAUUUGCAUUGUGGUGUCCUACGUGCAGAUCUUCACUGCUGUGCUGAGGAUCCCCUCUGAGCAGGGCCGGCACAAAGCCUUUUCCAUGUGCCUCCCACACCUGGCCGUGGUCUCCCUGUUCAUCAGCACUGGCAUGUUUGCCUACCUGAAGCCCCCCUCCCUCUCCUGCCCAGCUCUGGAUCUGGUGGUGGCUGUUCUGUACUCGGUGGUGCCUCCAGGAGCUGCUCCCCUUGUCCUUGGGCUGUGCCUGAACUACACUGUGGACAUGUCUGUGCCCGGCCCUGCACCUCUUGGGUCCUGA